CUCACGUCGUCCAGUGUUUGACAAACCUCCUUGGGUUUGACUGUGCGAGCAGAGAACGUGUACGGCGGUAAUGGCUGCCAGGGAGAGUGAGGAAGACAACAAAUGAACCCCAGAGGAAAAGAUUUGAAGGUGAGAAUGAAAAGAUGACAACUUGCAGCACAACAACAGCAGCCUCUUCUUCUACGUUUACACCAUUGUCUUCUUCUGCUGUGGCUACUCGUCUGCUCGGCUCGCAGGUGUGUUUUGAGGGAAUCUGGUUGAAUUCUUGACGGAACACACACACACACACACACACGCACACAUAUAUACAUGCGCGCACACACACAUACGCACACACUGGACAAUACGCUGUCCAAUGACCCAGACGUUAGGACAGUUUAGGAGUCAGAGACUUUUAUGAGGCUUUAAUUUAUACGUCUGCAUCUAGCGUGUAUAUAUGUCGGCUGUGCUGGUGAGAGCUGGACUCUUUGUUAGCUGGUGUUAAACGUGAUUAGCUAACGUUAGCUCACCGACAACAUCGUUAGCUGUCGGCGGCCUGUUAGCCUGUUUGCCAAUCAGCCAAGUGGAUGUCUAAUUAGCCACUUAGCAAGCUGGCUACAGCUCUGUCAACAGAGACAGACAUGUUUCUCAUCACCAAAUCUGACAGUGUCAAGUGUAUUUACUGUCAUCUUUAGUUCAGUUCGGGAAACAGCUGUUUUGCUUAUAGUUUGUUACUGAAAGCAGUACUUCAAUAGUUUGAAUAAGGUUACUUGUAUGUAAUAUGGUGACCCACUCGUCAUUAAUUUAGUCAAGCAGAUAGCAGUAUGUAACAUGUGUAUAUAUAUUAAUCAGUCAAUCGCCAGCAAUAAAUUGACAGCGAUUAAGCUAUUUAUAAAACAUAACAUGAUCUAUUUCCUGCCUUUCAGACGUGAAUAUGUGCUGCUAUUCUCUGUAUUAUAUCAUUGUAACUUAAAUGUCUUUGGGCUUUGUACUUGUCACCUUGCACUAAAUUAUGAAUUGAUUAAUCAUUCAAAUAAUUUAAUCUAAUUAACUAUAAAAAUAACAUCCCCAAUGUAAAGAGGCCAGGCCCCAUCUUCUCUCUCAUCUACUCUUUAAGAAGUACUUAAGUCUCUUCAUCAAGGCUGAAUUUAUUAGAAUACCUGAUUAUAAAAGCACCAGUAUUUGCAGCCUCAGUGCUAUUUUCUGCUCCGACAGGUGUAUCAGGAUUAUGCAACGACACAAUAAGGAUGAGUGACACUGAUGAUGGAGUGAGGACUAGGAUGGUAAGCAGCCAGCCGAAGUACGAGCUGAUCCAGGAGGUGGGGCGUGGCAGUUACGGCGUGGUCUAUGAGGCGGUAGUGAAGCGCACGGGGGCCCGGGUGGCGGUGAAGAAGAUCCGCUGCCACUCUCCGGAGAAUGUGGAGCUGGCACUGCGGGAGUUCUGGGCCCUCAGCAGCAUCCAAAGCCAGCACCCAAACGUCAUCCACCUGGAGGAGUGCAUCCUGCAGCGGGGCCAGCUGGCCCAGAGGAUGAGCCAUGGCUCCAGCUCCCCACUCUACCUGGAGCUGGUGGAGACGUCUCUGAAGGGUGAGAUCACAUUCGACCCGUGCUGUGCCUACUACCUGUGGUUCGUCAUGGACUUCUGCGACGGCGGCGACAUGAACGCCUACCUGCUGUCCCGCAAGCCCAGCCGCAAGACCAACACCAGCUUCAUGCUGCAGCUGGGCAGCGCCCUGGCCUUCCUGCACCGCAACCAGAUCAUCCACCGCGACCUCAAACCGGACAACAUCCUCAUCUCCCAGGCCUGCACGCCGGCCGGCUCGUCCGAGCCCACCCUCAAAGUGGCCGACUUUGGCCUGAGCAAGGUGUGCUCUACCUCCGGGCUCAACCCGGAGGAGCCGGCCAGCAUCAACAAGUGCUUCCUGUCCACGGCAUGCGGAACGGACUUCUACAUGGCCCCGGAGGUCUGGGAGGGCCACUACACGGCCAAAGCGGAUAUCUUCGCCCUGGGGGUGAUCAUCUGGGCCAUGGUGGAGCGCAUCACCUUCGUGGACGUGGAGACUCAGAAGGAGCUGCUGGGGAGCUACGUGCAGCAGGGUUCGGAGAUCGUGCCCUUAGGGGAGGCCCUGUUGGAGAACCCAAAGAUGGAGCUGCUAAUCCCCGCCAGGAAAAAGAGCAUGAACAGCCACAUGAAGCAGCUGAUCAGGGAGAUGCUGUCGGCCAACCCUCAGGAGCGGCCCGACGCCUUUGAACUGGAGCUCCGGCUGGUCCGCAUCGCCUGCAGAGAGCUGGACUGGGACACGUGAUGGCCGAGCACACGGCACCAGAGACAUUGUACACAUCUCAUUAGCUACCGUUAACCUAGAUCACGUAACAGGGGGUUAUCGUUUUUGUUUUUUUUUAACUCGGGAACAAUAAUUAGAAUAGUCAUUGUGUUGGUCAUGGCUUAACUUCAUUGACUGUCCGAACACAUGCAGUCCUCUGCUAGCUGUGUCUUUUAUACUGGAGGGGAGAGGUGUGACACCCACCGUCGCUGCUGCUGCUGCCGCUGCUCCAAGCUGCAGCUUAGUCUCAGGCUAAUCACAUCACAGCUUCCUCUUCCUCCUCACGGAAUCACUCGAGCGUGCUGGAAGAGCUAAAAUGACCCCAGAAGUUCUGGAUUCAAUGAGAAGAGAAAGUCGAAAGUGAAACCGAGACGGUUUGUCUACAAAUGCCAUCCUGGACUCGGUGCUAAUUUGUUCCUAAAUGCAAUAUGAGACAUUAUCCUGUGAUCACUGCAGCGUACAGUUAUCCAAAGGGCCGACAUCAAGACACAAUCACGUCCAUGUGUGUUGAGUGUUGGAAGGCUUUGACAGAACCUUGACUUGCAAACUGAUUUCAGCCGGCAUUCAUCUCUACGUCAAGAUUGUUGUUGGCAUUAAAUGCAGGAAUGCCCUGAAUGCUCAGGUAAAACAUACAGCAUGGUGGUAUUUGUAGACAAACAUCUACUGUCGCUGUUGAGUUUUGCUCAGUAGUCUGAGUGGGGAAAAAACAAAAUUAUCUUUGGUUUGAAGAUAACUUUUUUUUUUUUUUUCUGCAGGCUGCUUUGUUGGUUUUAUGGGCGGGGAACGUUUUAUCAGUUAGUGACCAGCCAGCAGGUGUUUGUGGUCUGAUCUUUCCUCUUUCUGCUCGCUACAGACUUCAAGAUAAGUGGACUGGUCCCAGACACGCCCCCCCCCCCCCCAAACCAGUGUAGCAGAAUGUAUAAGGAUCCAGACAGGUCCCCUUUAUUUCUGUAGAGCAUUCAACACAAAGCGCUUCACACAGUACAUGAGGAAGAGAGCUAUAAUGAUAGUACUGGUUCUUAUUUUCAUAUUAAUAACCAAAAUCAUCUUGGAUAAUCAUCUUUCCACUGUUCCAACAAUCAUCGACCUUAAUUCACUGAGUAAGAUGUGAAAACAUGCUGACUCUACGCGUUGUUUUUCAAGUGUUUGGUAAUCUUUGAAACAUUUGAUCUUUGAUUUAUUUAUUUAUUUUUUCUAAUGAGGGAUAAUCACCAAAAUUUCUGGUGCACCUCUUUUCAAAUAAACCAGUUAAGGUAAUCUGAUUACUUGUAAACAACCUGUCCGAUCGCACUUCUUGCCCCGUUGUUAUCACAGCCGAUAGAAAUAAUGUCCCAAACUGUGAAAACAAAACCAAAGUUGUAAUUUACCAGAAUUAUCCAAACAACCGAGCACACCGGCCUACGUUCAAAAGACUUGGCGGAGUGGCAAAUCUCUAUGUUGCUUAAGGAAAAAUUUAAUUAUCUGAAGGUUGAGCUGCAGCGACAUGAAUAUUUACAUCCGAGUCCAUUUAGACCUGAAUGAGUCUAAAUGAAAGCACUUUUAUUGAGUUGUUUAUAUUUAUUCCUCAUAACUACCUGCUGCAUUGUAGGAGGAGCUCCGUGAGGCUGGACUCGGUGCGAUAAACUGCGUCGGUAUGUGUUUACCGAGCGAACACAAUGUCAGCCAACAGUCUACUUAUGCAUGCGGUGUCUCUCACCUUCAGGGAGGAAGCGAGAGAAGACACCAGUGCACACAAUCCUCCGUGAGCCAGAGGAUCUCUGCUUCUUUUUUUCUUUUCUUUGAGGGGGGGGGGGGGAGAGACAUAAUACUGUUGUGUUUAACUUGAUCUGCUCUCACUGUGUCACUGCUCCUCGUUUCCUUUGGCUCUGGAUCUUACAGUAAUCCCUUUCUUCAUGCUUCCGACAGGCUAAUUCUAAGCCUAUUAAGUUGUUGCAGCACUUGGCAGAGGAUCGUGCUCGGGACCCCUUUUGCCUUUUCAGGUCAUACAUAAUUUGUGCACUUAUACUAAUUUUUACAGGAACAUGUAAAACCAAACAGUCCUGGCUUCUUUGCUCUCAAACUGUAUAGGAAAAUUCAUUUUUUUUUUAUUGAGAUUUGCCUUAUUUCUGAAAUUCACCAGUUUUCUUUGUGACACUGAAGUGGCCUCAUUGAUAUUGCACUCAAACACAGGAUUGGCAGAAGUUGUGCUUGAGGAACGCGCCACGUUUCACCGACUCGGCGGGCGCUUCGAUACGAAUAGCAAUACCACAAAUCAGUAUUACAACCUGUCUCUACUGCAGGGCGUCCAUGCUGCUUUGGACAAUGUUGCGUUCCCUCAAGAAUGUGGUAUUUGUGGUUUUUCUGUUUGCGAGCGGCAAAGUUUGGACCCAAAGUAGGUCACCCUUAUCCGCGGAGCUCUGAGCAGAGAGGAUGAUGGGUAGUCAUGUCCGACCAGAUUUCUUCCUUCCGCCCUUCUAGACAAGAAAGGGGGUGGUUGGCUUCCUGUGUGAGGUUUGAGACGUUUGCCAAACAAAUACUAGGUCUAGGGUAUUUAGAGAUUUCACCCUUUGAUUUGUUGUAUUCCUUUGCACAUGUGUACAUACUGUACAGGAUCGACGGGGGAUGAACAAUGUUGAUGUACAUUUGACUGCUCUGUUUUCAAGAGCCCGACUUUGUUUGUAAAUUGCUGUGAUGGAUUCAAUUUUUUUUCUUCAGCUCUUAAUUCAGCUUUUGGUUCCUUCAUGGAAGAGAUGUGAUAUAUGUUUGCAGGUCAAUACUGUGGGUGUGCUGGUGAUAACUGUGUGUUCUUAAUUUGCCUAUCGUUUGUGAAUUUGUGUAAGCAAAGCUGGUAUACAAAGCCUGGUACCGGACAUGAAUCAAACCUCAGCACGUUAUCGGCCCUGAUCCAGGACCAGCAUACACAGCCCCACCGCACCUUUGAUAUCUGCCUGAACUCAGCUGAGAAGUAAAGUGUAGUAUGGAUUUAGGACAGCCGUAGUAUCAUUUGCUUUUAGUAUGAAACUGCUGCACUAUACUUUAAUGAUAUAUGGAACAUACUGAACACAGUUGGUGUGCAGCAUGGAAUUGAGAGGCAGCUUACCCAGUAAACGUUUUUCAGUAAUAUUGCUUUAACAAUUUAUGGCCACCAGUGGAAGACAGCUGCCGCCAUUUUUUUUCGUUUUUACAGCCUUUUCUUGGUGCAGAGAAAAUCAAGUUUUUGUUUCUUUGAACCAGUGUAAACUAAUUUCCCCAUCUUGUCGGUUACUAAGAAGAUUGCCGAUCAUUCAGUGAGAUCAGAUGGUCAACAUUCCUCCUCUAAUCAACUUUAUGGGCCACUCAGCCUCUGAGAUAUCUUAAUUUCCAGGAGAUAGACGCAGGACUGUGAUGCCCAAUACGAGUCCUGGAUCAGGGCUACUCCCACCAUAAAAUAAUUAAUGUGUUAGAUGAACACCACCUGGAGUCAUGCCAGACAAUAAAUCGGUCAACGUCUUCUUACACUCUUUUGUAUUAACAAUCUUUGCUCUUAUGUCAUUGUAACAUAUUUUGAAGAGAUUAAAUGAAGUUUAUCAAAAGUGGUGUGAAUACCUGUCGGUCACUGUUGGAAUUGAUUUUUAAUAAAAAUUGGAUUCAAAUAAUAAUUGAA